AAUGGCUACCGAGUACCAAAAUGGCGACAGAAGACCAGACGUAAAUGCAGCUUGCGUAUGAAACGUUUUUCGUUAUUCUAGAUGUCCGGAACACGUUUGACGCGCAAGGUCACAGUAGAAGGCGGCAAAAAGCUGCCAGAGGGAAGUGGACAGAGUUCAGGUUCAAGCUCUGGAACUAGACGGAGUGUUUUUGAUCGUCUGGGUCCUGGAACAAGCGAACGAUCAAGAAUUAGGGAGCCUUAUCCUCCUGAGAAAUGUAGAAACUGGCUGCGGGAUGGCAGAUGUCAGUUUGGAAGAAACUGUAAAUUUCGUCAUGGGCCUUAUAGCGAACCAAAACAAAGAACAAAGAGUGUGAGGAGUAUUGUGAGAAGUGAUGUUGACAGAUCAGAAGAAAGAGAUGAUGAGGCCAUGGGUGGUCGAACUCGAAGUCUUGACAGCUUAGAACCUGAAGAUGAUGAAGAAAGAGAACUUCCAAUUAAAAAGAAGAGGCAGAGAUCUUUAGAAGAAUCGUCUGACACUGGGAAGAAGGGUGAGAAGAUUAAAAGAAGACAGCAGAUGGAGAAAGAUUCGUCUGAAGACGAGGAGGAUGAUGAAGAUGAACAGAGAAGGCGAAAGAGGAAAGUCAAAAAGCGGCAACUUAGCGGCGGGGUUGUCAUUACCAAGACCCUCAGUCCAGAACAGGAGGAGAAAGACUGGGGAGACGAGGAGUACGAAGAAGAGCGAAGCGAUUUGGACUGGGAAGAACGUGGAGAGCUGGACUUCGAACGCCAGCUGAAUUUAGAAAAGAGGAGACAAGAUCUUCAACGGCAGCUUGCUCUGAUGGACGAAGAGGAAGCUGCAAGGGAGAAAGCUGAUAGAAAGGUCAAAGAGGUGAAGAAAGAGAAAGAUGAAGAACCAAAGCCAGUGGUUCCCGUGGUACAUAGCAAGCUGCAUCCCGAGAAGUCGUCCGUUUCUCCUGGGGAUGAGUUCUCGCCAGUCUCCUCGCAGUCCACGCCCAAGAAAAAGAAGAAAAAAGCAGAUGGUGAACCGAAAAAAGCGAAGACGAAACGCAAGUUGUCGCCGACAGCUAAGGAGGUGAAGAAACGGAAAGGUGUCAAGCCAGUUUCUGAGGGCUUGGGGAGUGUGGUUAUGGACGAAAGAGUUCGAAAAAAAACAGAUUUACCACCAGAUAGGACUAAACUGGUAGAAGGUCGUGUGCAGCAUGAUUUUGAAGUGGGUGGUGAAGAGAAGCCUCGCACUGCUAAGAAAAAACAGUUGAAGACCAAAUUGAAGGAAAGUCAAGCACUCAAAAGUUCCGGGGAUGCUUAUUCAAGUCCCGCGGGUCCCUCGGGUAUUGGACCCCAAGGAACUCCACCCAGGGAGGAAAUCCCGCGUGAUAAGAGGUCGUAUACUCCUGAAGAACAAAGACCUCCCACGGAAAAGAUACGCCGAAGAACAGCUUUAUCCUCUCCCGAAGGUUCCGAUUCCCCGGCUCUUCGUCAUGCGUCUGAGAGCAGGACUCGUAGGGUCACAGAUCCCACCGAGGAAGGAAGUCCACGGAAACCUGUCCGUGAGGUUCAUACUGCCGGGCCACCAGGGGAGGCGGAAUAUAAAACAAAAGCGAAAGGGCACGAGAGGCGUUACAAAUCAGAAGGGUCGCCAAAUACUCCGGAGCAUGGCCGAAGGGAAGUGGUGAAAGAUACACGGCAUGUCGAGGAAGGAAGAUCUGACAGGAGGAAGAAAGUUAUAGAGGAAGAUCCACCACGCAGUCCAUCUCCCGAGGAUAUCCCCGGGCGGGGCCCACUUUCACCACCCGGGGAACAGCGGAGGCAAAGGACCCCGCCACCACCGAGGGGGGAUAGGCGAGGACCACAGACCCCACCAGGUGAACCUGAUUUUGAUAAUGAUUUACCGAAGCAGACGGCAAGCGAUCGAGGCCCGCUCCACCGUCGAGGACCAUACACUCCCCCACCCCCAACGACUGCCCCUGGGAGGAUUAGAGGGGACAAAACUCGCGGGGAAUUGUACGAGGGGAGAUCUGAGGCGGUGCCGUAUCGCGAUGAGGGUGGUCCCCCGCGGAGUAAAGAGCGAAAUGAACGUGAAAGUCGAUAUUCAAAACAGAGGGGUGAAGAGAGUGUAGAUGACUUGUCACGAGGUGGCCGAGGACAUCCUCAGUUAGACGAAGGCUACCCGAGGAGCCGAGCUCGAGACGAAGAACUUGCAAGAGGACGACAUCGCGAGGACCGCCAAGAAGACUAUCAUCAGCGAAGUCGCCCCAAAGACGAGCGAGUUGAUGAGUUUUACCGAAUGCGAGAUCGUGAACCAGAACGAAGUGAUGACCAUCACCGAAGCCGAACCGAAGAGCUCCGAGGCGACGAUCUCCUUCGGAGAAAACCAGACGGAGAUGAUGAGUAUCUUCGGCGAAGAGAUGAGCGGGAAGACGACCAUUUACGGGUGCGGAAUCGGGAGCCAGACAAAGAUGACGAACGUUCCCGACGAAGAGACGAGCGAAACGACGAACAUCAACGAGGCCGCGUUCGUGAAGAGCACGAGGAUGAUAUGCAGAGGUCCCGCGGCGGACGUGAUUUUCCCAGGCGUCCGUUUGAGGGAGGAGACGAAAGACAUUGGGAAGGACGCGGAGAGAGGGACACCAGAGAAGUGCAGUUUGGCGACCGGGACAGACGGCGGCCUGAUCUUCCCCGACAGGACAUGGUAGACAACCGUGGACGAGACAGACCUGGUGAAAGGCCACGUGAUAGGGAAGGUCGUCAUCCCCCCUCCGGACCUGACUAUCACCGACGGACGCCUCCAGUCCCCCACGGAUCCCGACGAUCACCUCCACCCCAUGGACCCCCGAGGGCUCCACAUCGCUUCGACGAGCGAAGACGUAGUUUGUCUCCAGGAGGUCGCAGGGAAGAAAGUUAUCGCCAGGGUCCUCCUAGAGACCAGGGGGGUUAUGGCAUAGGACGAGAGCCAAUGCGUGGAAGGGGUGGGUACCCGGCGCCUUUUGAUAACCGGAACCGACCCAUGGAGAGUCGACGAAGAAACUCACCUCCUCCUAGACAGUACGUGGAACGCGGCAGAGGUGCACCUCGAGGGAGGGGAAGUAGAGGUGGCCGAGGCUUCCCCGACAGGAUUCGACCGCCAGGGGACCGGUAUCAAGAUUCGCCUCGCGACAGAGGAGCGCCAUGGGAUCUGGAGCGCCGUCGUGAAAGAGAUCAUCCCCGUGAUUCACGUGACCGGAGCCGGCCGCAUGAGGAGCCACGUGAGAAAGACAGACGUCCGAGAGGAGAGUUGUCUCCAGGCCGAGGGCCGAGGCACUGGGAAGACAGAAGAGGCGGGAGCCCGGGGAGAGUUGGUAGUCCACCACGCGACCGCCGGGCGCAUGAGCAGGAGAAGAUACCGCGCGAGCUAGAGGAAGAGCGUAGGCGCCGGUCAGAUGAGGAAGAGGAAGAAUGGGAAUAUGAAGAAGACAUGGGAGAAGAGAAGGAUAAGAACACACGACAAGGAGAAAGAAAACGACCGAGAGAAACUGCUUCUUCUGCUUCAACAAUCGAGUCCCCUGUAGGCGGAAAGAGGCGUCGUAGUGGCGAAACACCGGAAGUGGAAGAAGCGCCUAUCAAAGACGCGCCUGAAGAAAGUGCUGUUUGUGCCCCAGAGUGUGGUGAAGCAGAACCUGUGUUCAUCAAGAUUCCACAUCCAAGAACAGGUAAGGAACAUCAAUUUUUGCUAUCCCACAAUGGAGAGAAGAUCUUUGAAGUUUUGCAAUUUAGGGAGGAAACUAGAUCAUGGUUUGUGGAGGAUUCUGUUCAAAAAGAUGGAGGUCUCUACGUCAUAACACCUGUGGACCCAUUGUUCCUCAUCUUACCGUAUCUCACGAAGUUUUCUCAAAAGGUUGAGCAGACUGCUGAUAGUGUAUCUUCAAGUGGCGUCCAUGUGUCUAAAGGUUCCCAGAGUGCCACCUUUGUGCGCAGUAAACGACACACAGAGGCAACUAGAGUGAAUAUAUUUUAUUCUAAUCUGGACGUACAAGUGCCUCAAGGAUCGCCCGCAGAAUCUGAAGAUCUGUUGGAAGGCGAGAGACCAUCCAAAGCCGAGAAAAAGCACAAGAAGGAGAAAGGAAAAUUCAAAGAAAAAGUCGCGAAAAAGAAGAAGAAAGCUACCAUAACGACGACCGAAGAACCCGAGGUUGCUACGGAAUUGGCCGAAGAACAAACAAACGUGACCGAAGAGAGUGGCGCGACUUCGUCAGAAAAUAAUCUCGGGGAGGUGGCGCAACCGUCAGAAGACGAACCUGUUUCUAAGGUGGCAAAGAAACGAAGGCAUCCAACAGCUCCCGAAGGCGAGGAAGGGAAGGUGAAGGUAGGGGAUAAACCACCGAAGAAAAAGAAGAAAAAGAAACAUCAACCUGAGGUUGUCGUUCAGCCCUGGGCUGACCUCGAAGGCGAGGACGAAGAGACAGUUGUUGACAAGUCCGAAACUAACGAUCGUCCGGGCAGCGAAAACGACGAGCAGCUCGCUCAAGCGAAAGAAAACGAAGACCAGAAAUCAUCUGACACAGUGACAGAUGAAAAGGACGAAACGCAGGAUUCUUCAAGAGUCGAGGAGCCACAAGCGAUGUUUAGCGAUUGGAGCGACGAUAGCCCGAUCGGAGACGACAACUGGUCGGACAUUAACGAACCGGAGAUUUCCGAGAAGCCGAAGACCGACGACAAAGAGGGCGAGACUGUAGCAGCGUCGCCUGUACCUAAUGCAGCGCCAGCGUACGACGAUGUUUACGAUCCAAUUAGCGACGACGAACUUGACGCGAUGUUAGGGGACGAGGAGGAGGAGGGUGGGGCAAUUGUUUCUGAUACCAAAGGCUCUGCCAGUGCACCCAUGGCAGUUGAAGAGGUCGACUGGAGCGCGUUAGUGUCAGCACAAAGCACUUUGGAGAGAACAGGAGAAGAGCCUGGGUCUCACCUCAAACGGUUUACGCCUGGUCACGUGUUCUCUCGCAUCGGGAUCUCUUCUUCCCUUGCUGGUCCGCGGCUUACCAAGCUGGUGCAACAAGCAUGCGCGCAGGUGGCGAAGGACAAACCCUCUGGGGUAGAGACAGUAGAUUCACGUGACGUUGAGGAUGCGGCGGAUUCGCAAGUUAUCGCUAGCGUCGGUGCACUGAUGGCAGGCGCGGCUGCAAAAAGGCGGGAAAGGGAAAUGUUGUUUUCGAGCGUGGGGCCAUGUAGGCGGGCGCUUUGUGCCCGUAGAGAUCUGGCGAUGAGAAAGCGGCUUAGGAGGCUGACGGGAAAGGUAUGUGUUGGUUUUAUCAUU